CAGGGGCAACACCAGGGUGGAGGAAGCCUGCGAAAUGUACACCAGGGCUGCCAACAUGUUCAAGAUCGCCAAAAACUGGAGCGCUGCAGGAAACGCGUUUUGUCAGGCGGCCAAGCUGCACAUGCAGCUGCAGAGCAAACACGACUCGGCCACCAGCUUCGUGGACGCCGGCAAUGCCUACAAAAAAGCGGACCCACAAGAGGCCAUCAACUGCUUAAACGCAGCUAUCGAUAUCUACACUGACAUGGGGCGAUUCACGAUUGCUGCCAAGCACCACAUCACCAUCGCGGAGAUCUACGAGGCUGAGCUGGUGGAUAUUGAAAAGGCAAUCGCACACUAUGAGCAGGCUGCAGACUAUUACAAAGGAGAGGAGUCGAACAGCUCAGCCAACAAGUGUCUGCUGAAGGUGGCUGCCUAUGCCGCACAGCUGGAGCAGUACCAGAAGGCGAUAGAGAUCUAUGAGCAGGUCGGAACAAACACGAUGGACAACCCUUUGCUCAAGUACAGCGCGAAAGAGUAUUUCUUCAAAGCUGCCCUGUGCCAUUUCAUUGUGGAUGAGCUGAAUGCGAAGCUUGCACUUGAGAAGUAUGAAGAGAUGUUCCCAGCGUUCACAGAUUCACGGGAGUGCAAGCUAUUGAAAAAACUGCUGGAAGCCCACGAGGAGCAAAACAGCGAGGCGUACACCGAGGCAGUUAAAGAAUUCGAUUCAAUCUCGCGGUUGGAUCAGUGGCUUACGACCAUGUUGCUGCGCAUCAAAAAGUCAAUCCAAGGAGAAGGGGAUGGAGACCUGAAGUGAAUCGGG